AUGGCCAGAAGCUCAAGAUCCAGCGUUACUAAGAAGAACAACCAGAGACUCAAGGCGAAUGUCUUUGGGCCUGUUGAGCAGGCGAGAGCCGAGCGUCUCUCGGCGAAGCUGCUGGAACUAUCCAGGCAGCCCAAGCCCGAGAAGGAGGCCGAUGUCAACAUGGACGUUGAAGAACAGAAUGAUGAUGCGCAAAUCAACGGCGAUGAUGCUGAGAAGAAGACUGAAAAGACCGACGAUAACGUCAUGGAUGUCGACUCGGCCAAGCCCAAGCGUCGGUCUGGUAGAAUCCAAAAGCAAAGGAAGAAGACGUCCAAGGUUGUUUUCCCUAAGUACAAGGACCGUCGCGGAGGUGUUCAGAAGAAGGCCUAA